CGAGUGCCCUUUGAGCUCAGGCAGAAGCAAUCAAACAUCGAGCAGCCUUCGAUGCUAACAGGAAGAUGGCAUCCACGGACCGGACAGAUUCACCAACAAAGGCUGGCCUUCCUCCUCGAAACGAUGCACCAGCUCCCCCCAGAGAAGCACUGGUUUCCACAGCUGUAAAAUUUCUUCAAAAUCCCAAAGUACAUCAGAGUCCCUUGGCCACUCGAAAAGCCUUCCUAAAGAAAAAAGGCUUGACGGAUGAGGAGGUUGACUUGGCCAUUCGGCGUUCGGGCAGCACAGAAGAAGACGUCGUGCCUUUGAGAGCUGUAGGCCUACCGCAACCUCCUGACUCUCCUCACUUCGCUGCUGUUCCACACAGUCCAAAAGGCUACAGAUGGAGAGACUAUGGUGCCUUUGCCAUCAUGAUGGUGGGCAUCGCCUACAGCUGUCAUCAACUUUACAAGAAAUACAUCCUUCCCCUCAUUAUGGACAGUCGAGAGGACAAGAAGCAUCUGCAGAAGAUGGAGAGCAACAUCGCGGCAAUGAGUGGCACGUUGACACAGACAGUUGGACAGCUACAGCAGACUAUGACUUCUCUCCAGGAGCUCCUUGUCCAACAGCAGCAGAAAAUUCAGGAGCUCUCCCAGGAAAUGACUGCAGCAGAGGCGGCGUCUGCAACCAGUCGCAUCCUGGACAACCAAACGGUUGGAGAGCUGAAAGGCGAGAUAGUCUCUUUGAAGGGUUUACUGCUCAGCAGGAAACAAUUUCCUGCCACUCCUUCUAUUUCGAAGAUCCCCUCAUGGCAGAUCCCCUUGAAGGGACCAUCCAACUCCCAGUCGGUCAACCACAGCAGCAGCGACAUUUCUCCCGUCAGUCUGGAGUCAUCCAACUCCUCCCCUGUGAAAGACGGACGCCUCAGCCCGCGGGAUUCGCUGGGCGCGGCACUCGGCGUCAACGGUGAUGACGCGGGCCUGGCCGCGGCGCUGCCCUCGGGGUUGCAAGACCAAGUACGCACCGAGGUGCGAGGAGAUGAGGAAGAGAAUGACGGCGCUCCCAAUGAAAAGGCGGUCAGCGGAAGCAUGCAAACUGAGGAUCGUCAAGGUGGCGAUGGCGAGAUGCGCAAACAAGAGGACAAACUGAGACGGCCAGAGGAUGCUGGCAACGAAGAUCAGGUGGAUUAGACACCUGUUGAAUUCACUUUUUUGCCCGUAUUGUCGCUAACUCCUCCGCUUACACUCAUUCUACUUCUGUCGUCCGACUUUUUUCAGGCACACUUCAAAUUCAGUGGAAACUGUUCACAAAAUGAAUUAUCAAAGUCGCAAAUAGCAAACAUUUCCAAGUAAUGGAAAUUAUUAUUAUUAAAAAUUCCGUUAAAAGGUACAAUCUAAGAUCAUAAGAGAUUGCGCCUGGAAAGCUUCACAGGGCCUAUAGAAAAGGCUAGAGCAAGAAAGAAAAAACAUUUAUCUGCCAUAUAUAUAUAUAAUAUUUCCCCUUGCUACACCUCUGAUGAAGCAAGCAAACAUUUGUUGGGGGAUAUCUAUAUGCUUUGGAUUCCCUUUCCAACCUGCAAAUUAAACGACAGCAUUUUAAAUAAAACGCUCUGUUAUAGACGAGGCAAGUGGAAAAGCUUUGGAAUUGAAGAAUUCCCAUCAUCUCAUUCACAGCUUGGCGCACGCUGCAGCUUUGGGUCAGGAGUCAUAUGUUCAUUUGUUCACUCCAAAAAGCUACCGUAGCGCUUGAAGUGAAGCGUUCACCGAGUUCCCUUUUGAUGGCAAUUGGAAAGGACAAUCCCGACCAGGGCCGGAGCUUUUAGCCUCUUUUAUGUGUGCUUCCGCAUUUGGUGUCAGUCUGUCAAUAAUUCACAAGGGCAAGCGCGGUGGCAUUUGGGUGAAAUAAAAGCCCUGAAAUUCAAGAUUAGAAUGUGAUGAGUGGCUUUGUACUAUUGGAACUGUCAGGAUGCCCAUAGGCUCAGAGGAGAGUGGUAGAUAAAUGUUUUUUUUUUUCUCCCGCUGCUUUCCUCUUUUACUGAAGGCUGAAUUGUGAAUCAUGCAGUGUGUUUGUUUGUGCGUGGCAGGUGGGGGGGGCUGCGGGGGCACGUGUGUGAAGGGGGGCAUAUGCUGAACAACCAAUGUGCUCUGCUGUAUCUGCAUCUCCAGCAGAGCUGCUGAUUUGGUUUGUGAAGUAUGUUAAUAAUCAAAUGAUCAACAAAUAACAGAUGUAUUAGUUCAUGCGGCUUGAAAUGUCAACCAGGCUAAAUGCGCAAAUCUAAUACAGAAAGCCCAGUUGUAUUGUGUUAUUUUCCGUAACAAGCCCCCUGGUCCAAAUUAGGCAGGCCCUCCCACAGUGACUAAUCUUUACUGAAAACUGCGCCCGUAUUUUGUUAUGAUGAUGCGGUAAGACACAGAGGGCUGCCACAGAUGGAAGUAGCAAAAUUUGUGUCACUUGUUUUCUCAGUUCCUGUGUGUGUAUGCGUGGAGGUAGAUGCGGCAAGUUUAUAAAAAAUGUUCCAAGAUUGAAGAGGAAAGUAACAAAUGAAUACCCGACUUAGUGAAUAAGUCACUCUGUCUGCAGCUCGAGACGGGUCCAUGAGUGAGAAGACUGGAUAAAUAUCGGCGCUCGCGCCACCUUCAUCUCCCAUCACAAGGCCUUCAUAGGAACACACACCAAGGUGGAAGGAGGGACACAGCACACAUGUGACGGUAGUUCUGACUAACCAACCACUGUAUGUUUGCAUCAUCUCGCUCUGUACCUAAAGCUUAUUAGAAAACUGAAAAAGUCACACUGGCAUGUAAAUUCAUGAAAUUUCUAGUCAUUCAUAUGUUUGAAGGCUAUCUAAUAAUAAAAAUGUUUUUUUUU